UACAACUUCUGCAGAAGACGCCGAGUCAAAAUUCCAUGAUUUCUACGGAAGAAACAGGCGGCAGCGUGAGCACAGACUUCCGUACAGAGUCGGCGGAAGUGAGGGUGCGGAACAAAAAUAAGGAGACUCUACUCCUUAGCAUUUCCCCAAACCACCUCCUCAGAGACGUAAGGUCCGGGUGCCUCCAAGGCAGUUGGGAUGGGGGUUGUCGGUUGAAAGGCUGAAGGAGUUUGACAGAAUUGGGACGAACCAACUUUCAGAGGCGUCGGGGGUGGCUGGAGGUCUCCGCGGCUACGUUUGAGGGACGUGAAGCCUGUGGCAGGUUGUUUGACGUGGAAGAGGACGAGCGUCGCUACGUCUCCUCCCCGCGAGAUCUCCCGAGUGGUCCGCGCCCGAAGCGCGCGCGAAUCUUGAAGCGCCCGUCCCGGCUCCCUGGUUAGACUGUGGGCUGCUCCUUCCAUGGCGUUCGAGGCGGGUGGCUCUAUGGAUGCGGAGGCUCGCGAGGUGCGAGCCCUGGAGGCCGAGAUCGCCGCGUUGCAGAGGCGGUGCCAGGAGCUGCCGGCGCCGGGAGAGAAGCCGUCCGGAGUCCGGUACGUGGUGCCUGUCCACCCCUCCGGCUCGCCGAUCAGAAAAUCAUGUCAAAAAUUACCCCAAUCAGAUUCUGAGGGAUGGGAAUCUUCAAAAGACCUGAGAAGUCAUCUUGGACAUUUAAAAUCAGAACUCUCAUUUCUAAGCACACUUACUGGUUUUAAUAUAAGAAAUUAUUCCAAGAAGAUAGAGGCUGUAACAAACACUGAGGUGACAGAAGAAGGUACAACAAAAGUUCUACAGAGACACAGAUUAUCAGGAAAUUGCAACAUGGUUACAUUUCAACUGGAAUUUCAGGUUCUAGAAAUUCAGACUAAAGAGAAAUUAUCGUCUGCUAUUACUGACCUCAACAUAAUAAUGGAACCCACAGAAUAUUCAGAAUUAAGUGAAUUUGCAUGUAGAGCAGAAGAAAGAAGAGAUUUGCUCAUGUUUUUCCAAAGCCUGCAUUUUUUUGUGGAAUGGUAUGAAUAUCGUAAACACACAUUUAAGCAUUUCAAGGAAAAGUAUCCCGACACUGUGCACCUCCCAGAGGGGGCGUGCUCCCACUGCAUGGAGAUCCACAGCACCAGCCGGCCAGGGUUUGAACUUGUGGUUGUUUGGAGGAUACAAAUAAAUGAGGAAGGGAAGGUUUCCCCAAAGCUGGAUCUCCUCACCAAAGUCCCACAGCGAGCCCUGGUGUUGGACAAAAACAGAGUCAUAGAAACCGCCCCUUCGAGCUUCCAGACCCUGCUAGGAGUACUUGGAAUUGAAGCUGCUCUAGACAGCCUGAUAAAAUUGCUUUGUGUGGGGAACAACUAGCUCCCAGCAGGAUAACAUGCAGGAAUAAGAUGCUGAACUGAGAAGUGUGUGACUUCUGUUAUGAACAUUUGUUUUUUUAGAAACCACAUCCUUCAAAUGUGCUUUUGUGUGCACUAGUAGCACAGUAGAAAACGUGAGAAAACAGCUCUUCAGGUACAAAAUGUCAAAAGCAACACGUAUAGUGCUUUUUGCAAGUAAGUUUAACAUUUGAGAAAAAUGUACCAAGAAUGGUUGUCCACUCUGCGGUGGAUGUGGAGGAGCUGUGCCUAACCUCCACCUCACAGCAACAUCUCCCAACAACUCUUCAUGUUCUUCUUGGUCUUCCACCAAAAAGUUGGGCUGUUAGCUUUAAAAUAACGACCUCGCUGUUCCCUUCACAUGGGACCUUCAGUGAAGAGCCUCUCAACAGGCUGAAUGUGGUACAUGACUAAUCCCAGGACUUGAGACUGAAGCAGGAGGAUCCCAAGUUUAAAGCCAGCCUGGGCUACAUUGUGAGACACUGUCUCAAAACACUAAGGGCUAGGAUAAAUCUCCAUGGUACAAAAGCCUAAUAUGCACAUGGCCCUAGAUUCAAUCCCCAGCACCACUUAAGGCCCACCGACAGUUCAAGGUUAUGUCAUCUCAGACAGAGAACUGAGAUUUGGUGAGUACUUUAGUUACCUAUUAAAAUGCUGCCAGGAUGAGGGGUUGAUAUGGGUAUCCUAGAUUCUGAGGAAAGGGCAGAAACACAGUGGGGCUUAUGCAGGAGGGGUGCUGCAUCUGUGUUCUUUAUGUCAGGAGAGGUUGCUUGUUUCCAUUCUGUCUAUCCAAGACAGAGCCCCUCACUAAGCAAAUAAUUCUCAAAGGCCAGCCAGAGUUGCAGACCACCUUCCAAAAAUGCAUCUUUCCCUGAGACUGCUCUGGAGCCUGGGGCCCAACCAUCCCAACACUAGUCCAUCUCCAAACCAGUCAACCUUGAGUCAAGACAAAACCAAAGGCCAGUUGCCCCUACACAUCCCUAGAGCCAUAAGAGCAGGACCUUUAAGCACCUGACUCAGGUGAAGGCUAGAAGUCCGUAUCCCAGCAUGCACCACAGCCAGAAGAAAAUCAAAUGCACAAGUGUCUUUGUACCUGAGUGUUCGUUCAAUAGUUAGAAUUAGGACAGAAUUUAACAAAUUCUACAAGAGUUGGCUUGAUUCAAACAAGUAUAAUUCUCAAAUUAUCACAAAAUUUCCCACAAAAGUUUACAAUCAGCAAAAUAUUUUCCUCAUUUUUCAUGUAGCAUUUUUAUAUAGCUCCGUGGUUUUGCUAUUACAUGUUACAGUAAGCCUUCAUUAGUCCCUCAAAAGGAUGAUAUAAAUAAUCAGUCUGUACAGCCUACCAUAUGAUAAAAAAAUGAAGCCAAAACUCCCAAUGAUUUCAUAGCAGCCAGGCACACUUUUGGUGACCCCAAUAAGAAUCCUCUCCGCGCCAGCCAGGAGCCUUGUACAGCCUUGAUGGGAACAGCAAGGCCCUGGGCCUGCCUACCCGACAUGCCUCAGGCUAACCCAAGGGAGGAAUGUGGCUUGGGAGGAAAGGAAACCUUGUUCCUCAACCACCCAAGACACAAGAGUGCCAGGAAAACUCUGGGCUGUCGGGCAGACCCACCCCAGCUGGCCACAGCAGCUCAGUGAGUUACAGCUCUGCUUCCAGCUCCAACAGCAGCAAUUUCAGGUAGGAAAGAACUACUCAUCUCCCCCUCGAGUUAAAGAUAAAAUCAUAAAGCAGAAUCAAAAAGUCAAUGCUCAUAUGAAUGGUGUCCACCCUGACCUGAGUCUUGCGCUCCCUGCUGCCUCUUUACAGAGCCAUGGGCUUUAGUACCUCCACAGGGACCCUGAGUCUAGACCACUCAGAACCAAUGUUCACACUAGCCACGCUCUGCAGCAGGGAACUAACCAAAGCCUGUGUUGAUGUGUGGCUUGCAUUGAAAAAGUGACCAGUAACAGCUGGGAACAUUCCAGUAGUAGUCCAUGUUUUCUUGAAAGUUCAAACUAUAAGAUAUUUAUGACAAUUCAAGUUUUUUAUGUUAAGAGUCUGGUGGUAGGAGAUCCAAACCUUGGGUCUUAAUAAUAAGGCUUUUUGCAUUAAAGAAUUAGACAUGAGCCCUGGUUGAAAGAACUAUCUAGAAUGUCUUCCCAGGGGCUUAACGGACACUUCCACUCUAAGGAAGUGGGUGGCUUCCUGGGCCACAGCACUCACAUCCUACAUUCCUUGUCCUGGAAGAUAUUUCUAGUGCUCUUUAAUUCCUUUUCUCUGAGAGGCAAUCUCACCUCAACAG